AUGAUCUUCUUUUUUACUAAAUAUGGUGAUAUUAAGAAAAUUCUUAUUUUCGAAAGAGGUAAGGCUAACAAAGCUUUUGUUGAAUAUUAUGGUGUGAAACAUGCUAUAGAAGCAAGAAAGGAAAAACUAGGUAAAUAUUUAGCUGAAGGUGAAGGAAAGUAUUAAUAUUUUAAUAAAUAUAGGCUUACCAUACAUUUUCUCGCCUUAAAAAUCUAGAUUUAGAAGUUGUAGAUAAAUCACGAGGAACAAAUUACACUUAAGCAAGUAGCACAAAUUCAGAUUCCAUGAAGCAUUCUAACACUGAUGAUCCAAACGUACUUAGACAAUAGAUUGAAUAAUUCACUCGCACUUUCACACAAACUUCUUAAAGAAAUCUCAAUUCUACCAGAAAUGAUGAAAUUAAUAAUUUAUUGAAUCCAGAUUCUGAUGAUGAUAUUGAUAUCUUGAAAUAAUAAAAAUAAUAAGGACCACAAAUUAAUUAGGAUGUUAAAAAUAUGAUUACUCAAAAACCAUCUAAAAUUAUUUAAGUUACAUCAAUUGAUGAUAGAGUUACUGCUAAAAUGCUUUAUAAUAUUUUUAACAAAUUUGGAAAUGUGGAAGAACUUCUAUUAGAAAAAUAAAUGUAAAGAGCCAUUUUCAGAUAUUAAAUUAUUGAAUUUGCUCAAAUUGCCAAAGAUAUUUAAAUAAUAUUUAAUUUUUUGAUCAAUAAGUAAUCAAAAUAUAUAUUAAACUUUAAGUGGCGAAUUUCUUAUCGUCUUUUAUAACAAUUAGAGCCAUCUACUAUUUCAGAUGAAUAUAUGAUAUAUUAUAAUCCGAAUGUACCCAAAGUGAUUGUUCCAUUAUCUAAAACUAUUAUUCUUAGUGGUGUUACUGAAGCUAUGGAAAUAUCAGAGAUGAUGAGACUUGUUGCUAAAGUCACUGGUAAUAUAUCUCUAAUAAUACUAGAAAUCAAAAUUAAUAUUUCAGAAACUCUAAAAAUCAUAGCAGUAUUCUCUGACUAUGAAUACAAAAAUUAAAAAUUGAUUAUUUCUAUAAAAUGA